AUGGGAAAAGCACCGGCAAUAAUAGGGGUUUGUUCUGUCAUACUGGUGGCCAUGGUGGUGGCGGUGGCGGUUGGUGUGACACGCAGUCGUAAAGGAGGCGGAAGUGAUGAGCCGACGACUUCCACGAAGGCGGUGCAAACCAUUUGCCAACCCACCGAUUACAAACAAGCAUGCGAAAACAGCCUCGCGGGCACCAACACCACCGACCCAAAGGCGCUCAUCCAGGCGGGUUUCCAAGCGGCUAUCCGCGAGAUAAAGAAGGUUGUCAACAACUCUGGCACCAUUCAAGACGCGGCCAAAGACCCAAUGUCUCGUCAAGCUCUCGAAAAUUGCAAAGAGCUGAUGGGUUACGCCAUCGACGACCUCAAAAACUCGUUCGACCAACUCGGUGCGUUUGACGUUAGCAAGCUAGACGAAUACGUCAAGAACCUCAAGAUUUGGAUGGGUGGUUCCAUCACGUAUCAACAAACAUGCUUGGACGGGUUCGUGAAUGUAUCGACCGUGGCAGGUGAGAAAAUGAGAAAACUGAUGAACACUUCACAAAUGCUCACUAGCAACGGCUUAGCCAUGGUCAGUGAAAUUCCUAAACUCGUCCAUGAUCUCAACAUUCCGGGCUUCGGGAAAAGUGACACCGGCGGGGCUAAACGUCGGCUAAUGGCUAAAGAUGGGUUCCCUUCGUGGGUUAGUUUUAGGCAACGCAAGUUAUUGCUACAAAAUCCGUCGCAAAUUAGACCUAAUGUCGUCGUCGCUAAAGAUGGUAGUGGCAAAUAUAAUAACAUCAAUCAAGCGUUGAAAGAAGUCCCUAAGAAAAAUGCUUCUCCAUUUGUGAUAUACAUUAAGGCUGGUGUUUACAAUGAAUAUGUUAUUGUUGAUAAGCAUAUGUCGAAUGUUGUGUUCAUCGGAGACGGACCGACUAGGACCACCAUCACCGGACGCUUGAACUUCGUCGAUGGCACUGCCACAUUUAAGACCGCAACUGUUGCUGUCAUUGGUCCAAAAUUCAUGGCGAAGAACAUUCGAUUCGAGAACUCUGCCGGAGCCAUCAAGCAUCAAGCAGUGGCCCUUAAGGUCCAAGGUGAUCAAUCCAUCUUCCAUAAUUGUCAAAUGGAUGGCUACCAAGACACCCUUUACUCUCACAGUCAUCGCCAAUAUUAUAGGGACUGCACCGUCUCCGGCACCAUCGAUUUCGUCUUUGGCGAUGCCGCUUCGGUCUACCAAAACUGCAAAUUCAUCGUCCGGAAGCCGCUUGACAAACAACAAUGCAUGGUCACCGCACAAGGACGGGAGGAUCGUCGUGAGGACUCCGGCUUCGUCUUCCAGAACUGCACCUUCACUGGGGGCCCGGACUACCUCCCGGUGAAGGCGAGAAGCAAGACGUACCUUGGUCGGCCGUGGAAAAUUUACUCAAGGACCAUCAUCAUGCAAUCUCAACUGGACGACAUCGUGGCGCCAGAUGGAUGGAUGCCGUGGGAGGGCAACUUCGCCCUCGACACCCUAUGGUACGCAGAGUUUAACAACCGGGGACCGGGCGCCGUGCAAACUAACAGGGUUAAAUGGAGAGGUAUCCAAAAGAUCAACGACGUUCAAGCCCAGCAAUUCACCGCCGGUGUGUUCUUACGUGGUGGGGAGUGGAUCCAAAACUCCGGGGUGCCUUACACUGCUGGCAUGAUCCCCGGUCUAUAAAGAUUCUAAGCAAAAUACAUAUGAAUAAGU